AUGCCUAAAUACGCUUUCUCAGCACACGAUAUAUGCAGCAUUGUGAGUUCCUUAGAGAAGAAGCAACUCGUCAGAGACGAGGACAAAAUUUUUGUUCAGAUCCAACUCCAGAAACUCUGUGAGAACAGACAAGAACAUAUAAUUGAGCGAUUGUCGUCGGCUAUAACUGGAAACUCAAAGGAAUUGUCGAGUUUGGUCCGGGACUUGCUAAAUAUUGAUGUGGACAGAGUCAGAUCAGCGUACGUAGACAAUGUACUCGCUGACAAGGACUCCCCGGAAAGUAAGAAACACGAAGAUAAGAUUGAGCCAAUUCCAUUGCUUGAAGAACGUGAUCCUGCUUGGUAUACCGAGGACUCAAACGGUUGCUUUGAUAUCCAAUUGCCCACUCAUUACAGUUUGUUUGAGCUUCAAGCACAAAGAUUACUGAAAGUAAUGACUCUUGCCCAUGAGCGUUUUCCUAAAUACAAGCGUGUCCAUGUCCCUUGGUACAUCUUAGUGUCUGAUGCAACAGCAAAUGAAACACUGUCUUUCUUCAAAGAGCAUAACUUUUUUGGUCUGCCGAAAGAGGACGUUGUUUUCUUCAAGCAAGGCAAGAUUCCCUGUGUGAAUGAGGAGGGACGAAUUCUUAUGUCAACACCAUACUCUAUUGCUCGUUCACCAAACGGAAAUGGUGGACUGUAUGAAGCUUUAGCAGUGGGUCCUUAUUUGGACGAUAUGGAGCGUCGGGGAAUUCUUCACGUCUGCGCAUUCUCGGUCGAUAAUGUUUUGGUGCAGCCCGUAGACCCUUGGGUCAUUGGAGCAGCGAGUAUGAAACACGCCAGGGCUGCUCUAAAAGUGGUUCAAAAGACUCGUCCAGAUGAAAAGGUUGGCAUGGUCGUACUACGGAAUGGAAAGCCUGCGGUUAUUGAGUAUUCCGAGCUCGGACCCGACAUGGCAAACGAAGUUGAAGAAGUGCAAGGCGAGCAGGUCCUACGUUUCCGGGCGGCUAACAUUGCCUACCAUUACUUCCGUCGAAGCUUUUUGGACCAAGUUGCUCGUUCUGACAUUCGUCUUCCCUUACACAUUGCCCACAAGAAGAUUCCUUACUACGAUUUUGAUGAAAACAAACACGUUGAACCUACGAGUCCUAAUGGCUACAAAUUUGAAAUGUUUAUAUUUGAUGUUCUUCCUUUCCUUCGGCGCGACAAUUUCAUUUGUCUCGAAGUGAAUAGAGAUGAUGAAUUCAGUCCUCUGAAAAACGGUCUCAACGCUAAGACAGAGAACGCAAAGACGUGUCUAGAGAGUCUCUAUGCUUUGAGUGAGAAAUGGAUUCUCGAAAACGGAGGUACCCUAGCUGAGAAGCCAAUUUUCAUUCCACCCAAUGUCAGCUUACGAGGUGAAGGCCUAGAAUGGUUAAAGGGAAAGAAUUGUGUCCAGAAGGACUUUCUUUAA